CUGGUCGAAAUUUGUUGACAUUUUGCGGUAGCAUGCAUUGAGUCUAAUUUCUCAUUUUUUGCGAGUGUUUGGAAUUUAUAUACAUUAAAUAUAAAUAGUUUUUUAGAAAUAAUUCUAAACUAUUCAGACCCAGACUUCGUAUAUUCAUCAUGUCUAUUGAAAUCGAAUCGGCUGAUGUUAUUCGACUAAUACAGCAGUAUUUAAAAGAAUCUAAUUUAUAUAAAACAUUGCAAACUUUACAAGAAGAGACCGGUGUCUCACUUAACACGGUGGACAGUGUUGACGGCUUUGUACAGGACAUUGUAAAUGGCCAUUGGGACACCGUGCUGAAAGUCACGCAGUCCCUAAAAUUACCUGAUAAAAAACUUCUUAAUUUGUAUGAACAAAUAGUACUUGAAUUGAUUGAGUUACGAGAGUUGGGUGCAGCCCGUUCAUUGCUGAGACAGACUGAUCCCAUGAUUAUGCUGAAACAACACGAACCGGAGCGCUACAUACAUUUAGAAAAUAUGCUUCAGCGUGCAUAUUUUGAUCCGAGAGAAGCCUACCAAGAAGGUAGCAGCAAAGAAAAACGACGUGCCAUUAUAGCACAAGAACUAAGCGGUGAAGUACAUGUUGUACCAUCUUCACGUCUAUUGGCACUACUAGGUCAAGCCCUGAAAUGGCAGCAACAUCAAGGGCUAUUACCCCCCGGCACAACGAUCGAUUUAUUCCGGGGCAAAGCAGCAAUGAAAGAUCAAGAAGAGGAAAUGUUUCCCACACAAAUGUUCCGGCAAAUCAAAUUUGGUCAAAAAUCUCAUGUUGAAUGCGCCCAGUUUUCACCGGAUGGUCAAUACCUAAUAACUGGCAGCGUUGAUGGCUUUCUUGAGGUUUGGAAUUUCACUACUGGCAAAAUACGCAAAGAUCUGAAAUACCAAGCCCAGGACCAGUUUAUGAUGAUGGAGCAGGCAGUUUUGGCUCUAUCAUUUUCCCGAGACUCCGAAAUGGUAGCAUCUGGCUCUCAAGACGGACAAAUUAAAGUGUGGCGUAUUAUAACCGGACAAUGUUUAAGGAAAUUUGAAAAAGCACACACAAAAGGUAUUACAUGUUUGCAGUUCUCGCGUGAUAAUAGUCAAGUGCUGAGUGCUUCCUUCGAAAAUAGUAUACGAUUACAUGGCCUAAAGUCUGGCAAAAUGUUGAAAGAAUUCAAAGGUCACACGUCAUUUGUCAAUGAAGCUACUUUCACACCCGACGGUCAUAACAUACUAAGCGCCUCUUCGGACGGCACAGUGAAAAUUUGGUCAUUAAAAACUACUGAAUGUUUGUCAACCUACAAACCAUUAGGCAACGAACUAGCAGUAAACACCGUGUUAAUAUUACCCAAAAACCCAGAACAUUUUAUUGUUUGCAAUCGCUCGAAUACAGUUGUCAUUAUGAAUAUGCAGGGUCAAAUUGUACGUUCAUUCUCAUCUGGUAAGCGUGAAGGAGGUGCUUUCAUUUCAGCCACCAUCUCCCCGCGUGGUGAAUUCAUUUAUUGCGCUGGCGAGGAUCAAGUAUUGUACUGCUUCUCGGUAACAUCUGGCAAACUGGAACGUACGCUAAAUGUACAUGAAAAAGAUGUCAUUGGCCUAUCGCAUCAUCCCCACCAAAAUUUGCUAGCCACGUACAGUGAAGAUGGACUACUAAAAUUAUGGAAGCCAUAAAUAUAGUUUAAGAUUCUAGUUGUAAUUUAUUCAUACAAUUGCUAUGGGACUUAGUAUUUAAAUCAAUAAACCGAUAAUCGAACACCAUUA